AUGUUUAGUUUACUGACGGGCGUUUACAAUUCUUACUUGGCUUCGCCGCAAUUGAAUAUUGUGCUCGUCGGAGCCUCCGGAACGGGGAAAACAACCACGUUGGAACGUCUCAAAGCCAAGCACAAAAUGUUACCGCUCCACCGAAUUCGACCGACUAUCGGUACCAACGUGGGCAAGGUCGAGAUUGGCGGAGCCAAAUGUUCCUUCUACGACGUCGGUGGUCGAUUACGAGACUUGUGGGAACGAUACUACGCCGACGCGGACGCCGUUAUAUUCGUA